CAGACGGACUUUAUUCUGUCCUGGGGCUCGGUCAGGGCUGCACGCGCACGCCGCUGUACCUGAUGACACAGGUCAAGUUUGUACCUACGGAUUAUCAGCGUGUUUUACUUUGCUUUUCCUCUGCGUGUGUCCUGUGAGGACACUUGUGAAACUCCCCAAAGAAGACGCAACGUGCCUGAAAGCUGUUUUUGUGUUACUGGAGAAAAGAAACCGACCCGACGUGAGACGCCAAGUGGAUCAUCGGGCUCCGAGCGCAUACUUAUCGAUUUGUUAACUUUGAACAGUGAUAUUGUGAUUUUAGUUUUCUCACAAAGUCCUAAACAUGUUUAACACAAUGGAAAUGUCAAGAUGCGCCUUUUUCUGGCGUGUGCGACCUGUCGGGGACAAACCGGGCUGGUAAAAUGUGAAGGGGUCGUUAAAUUUAUUGGAACGUGACCACCGCACAUGAACUUUCUCCGUAAUGAUUGCCGGAGCGCUGGUGAAUGAUUGACAGCAGAGGCUCACCUGGCGUUUUGUGGACCUUUACAGAGAACCCGGAUUUAAAGUGAGGAGAUCACACGGUUCUGUUUUGAUCACUGCUGAAAGGUUUUUCUCUCGGAGCUGAAUGAAACUUCUCAUCCAGUCUUGGUAGAUUAGCGGAUCUUAUGAGUUAAAAGAAGCCGACUGCCCCGCCUCCAUUGACAUUCUUAUUUUUAAUUACCACCUAUUGAUCAUAUUAAAACUGGUUUCAUGUUUAUUUUCUACAUGGCAUUCAUGGCGAGGCACGCGCCAUGCAGCCCGCCGUUCCCGCGGCCCCUCCUGCUGCUGCUGCUGUUCUGGUGUCCUGGCUUCAUGUUAGGAGCCUCCAAGGACCUGGUGUGCGAGCCUAUAACUGUGCCCAUGUGCAGAGGCAUUGGCUACAACCUGACCUACAUGCCCAAUCAGUUUAACCAUGACACCCAGGAGGAGGUGGGGCUGGAGGUGCACCAAUUCUGGCCUCUGGUCCGGAUCCGCUGCUCUCCAGACCUGCUGUUCUUUCUGUGCAGCAUGUACACCCCUAUCUGCCUACCGGACUACCGCAAGCCGCUGCCACCCUGCCGCUCUGUGUGCGAACGGGCCAAACGAGGAUGCUCCCCUCUGAUGAGCCAGUAUGGCUUCGAGUGGCCCGAGAGGAUGAGCUGUGAGAAGCUUCCCCACCUUGGCGACGAGACCCUUUGCAUGGACCAGAACAGCAGCGAGACCACCACCCUGGCUCCCCCUUUCCCCAAGCCCACCCCUAAAGGCCGGACCAGACCCCCCAGCCCCCAGCAAUGUGACAGGGAGUGCCGCUGUCGAGAUCCCCUGGUCCCCAUCAAAAGGGAGUCCCAUACUCUGUACGGCCGGGUCCAGACUGGCCCCCUCCCCAAUUGUGCCCAGCCCUGCCACCAGCCCUACUUCUCAGCUGAUGAACGUGCCUUCACCAGCUUCUGGGUGGGGCUCUGGUCAGUGCUGUGCUUCAUCUCCACCCUGACCACUGUGGCCACCUUCCUCAUUGACAUGGAGCGCUUCAAGUACCCAGAGAGACCAAUCAUCUUCCUGGCUGCCUGCUACCUCUUUGUUUCUUUGGGUUACAUCAUCCGCCUGGUGGCAGGUCAUGAGCGAGUGGCGUGUGGCGCUGGUAGUAGCUUUGGUGGUGACCAGCUACACAUCCUCUAUGACACCACUGGCCCCGCUCUCUGCACCCUUGUCUUCUUGUUGGUGUAUUUCUUUGGCAUGGCCAGCUCCAUCUGGUGGGUGGUGCUGUCCUUCACCUGGUUUCUGGCUGCAGGCAUGAAGUGGGGCAGUGAGGCCAUCGCAGGAUACUCUCAGUAUUUCCACCUUGCUGCCUGGCUCAUCCCCAGCAUCAAGUCAAUUGUAGUCUUGGCUCUCAGCUCUGUGGAUGGGGACCCUGUGGCUGGAAUCUGCUACGUUGGGAACCAGAGUCUGGAGAAUCUGAGGGGAUUCGUACUUGCUCCUCUAGUGGUUUACCUCUUCACAGGCUCACUCUUCUUACUUGCAGGUUUUGUUUCUCUCUUCCGCAUCAGGAGCAUCAUCAAACAAGGUGGCACCAAGACAGACAAGUUGGAGAGGCUGAUGAUCCGCAUUGGGCUUUUCACAGUGCUGUACACUGUCCCUGCCACCAUCGUGGUGGCCUGCCUGGUCUAUGAGCAACACUACCGGCCCGGAUGGGAGCGAGCCUUGGCCUGCUCCUGCACAUCCGAGCGGCAGCACUCGGGCCAAGGUCCAGACUACACUGUCUUCAUGCUCAAGUACUUCAUGUGCUUAGUGGUAGGCAUCACCUCAGGAGUCUGGAUUUGGUCAGGAAAAACCCUCGAGUCCUGGAGGAGAUUUGUGGCUCGGUGCUGCCCCUGCUGGCUGCAGAAAGCCACUGCUCCACCCUCCAUGUACAGUGAGGCCAGUACUGCUUUAACAGGACAUACUGGAACUGGACUGGCAUCAGGCCUGUACCAUAAAGCUGCUCUGUCCCAUAUAUGAACCAUCUGGCACAGUGAAAUGGUUUAAAAGGACAUGUUCAUACACUGUGCACUAACCUCUGUGGACACUCAGAAAUGAAGCAGCUAAACACACCGAGUGUCAGUGGACAAACCCUGCACGACUGUGAGGAUCUGUAUCAUUGUGCUCUAUCAGCUCUUGUAAAAAUGGAAACCACUGGGGUAAGAGGAGUUUAAACUAGAGAAAACCUAACAAUAUUUAAGAGACUCACUUCUGUGAAAACUGACUUCAGUAAUUUCCCAUAAUGGAAUCACAUGCUUCUUCCUGCUGCUUACCCUGUGCACUGAGAGAAAAACAUAUUUAUUCAUGUAUAUAUUGUACACAUUUGCUGAAAAAAAAAAAAGAAAAUUAGGUGCAUAUUGUGACUGUUUAAUUUGCAACCAGUGCCACAAGUGUAAGACACCAGAGAAACAAAUCAUAUCUGAUCUGUAUUGUAUAAACCUGUACAUAAAUGUUUAUGCUAGUGUUUGCUACCCAGUGUGUUUGUACUAUUGCAAACUGAAACUGUCCUGAGAACGUCCAUUUAGAUUUUCUCAGACUUGGAAGUUGUCAUUAUGAUGAGUCCAAGCUCUGUUGCUAGGUCACCUUCUGAAAAGUGAACUAGGUUUGUUGUGUGAAGAGACAUGCAGCGAUGAAACUGACUUUGGCCUUGAUCCCCAUCUGCUGGUUCACACUGGAGCUGCUCAGGAACUCGCACAGAUCAACGUUAGACCACAGACCCUCAGUUGAAUAAGGUCUUGUAACAGAGCGUUACAGUGAAAUACAUAGUGGAAAGGCUCUUCUUGUUAGUUGUAUUAUGAUUUCUGAUUUCUGCUGUACACUUGUGGAUACAAACUCUAUGUUUAGUUGGAAACUGCGGAGACAUUUUGUCUAGUAAUUGUUGCAUAGAAAUACCAAAUGAUAAUCAUUUUUACAUUUCAUUUGUUGGUUCCAGCUUCUAAAAUAUGGGGUUUUGCUGCAUUUGUCUUAUAUUUAUAUCAUUAUAAGUUCAGCAUUGUGGGGCUUUUGGAAUGUUGAUCACCUUUGAACAUUUGGCACCAUUUACGGUAAAAUCUGCACAGAGCUAUUUGUAACAGCAAAGCUCUUGUUGGUUGUCAUGCUGCAGAACCAAAUUAAUCAGCAUUGAUGUGAGGUCUAAUGUGAAUCUUCUGUUCUGAGGGGCCUUAACAACAAACUGAAGGAACCUCCUGUCUUCUCUCAGAGGUCACAUAGUGUUUCUAUCAAGAGUUCAAGUGCCCAAAUCGAAAAGAUGAGCUGGCCCAUCAAGAAAUUCAAGCCUUUUUUCUGCUUUCCCCUUCUGUGCUGUGAUGUUUUGGGAUAGUCAUUCAAUAUUGUUGGUCCUCCGUGUUGUAUCUAGAUUACGUCUACAUGCUAGAUAAUAUCUCUAAUUUAUUAGCCUGUUUUGUGCGAGUGAAUGCGAGUAUAGGAGCGAUGACGAACGCUAGUGUUGGUGUGAAAACUGACCGAGUUUUAUUGGUUCACGUGUGCAUCUGCUUUCACACCGAUAGAUUUCCUCAAAAGAUAAGUAAUGUAGAUCUUGAGUCAUAUUGUGAAAUUAAAACAGAAUAAUCUUGAGUUUAGUGUACAUCUCAUAAAUCUGUCUGUAUAUGUGGCAUAAUAUUACAGAGCACAAGUUUGUUUUAGUUUGAAAGUGUGCUGGAAUAAAGACGUGUG